AUGCACAGGCUAGUGCAAUACACUACCAAGAGGUGGUUGGACAUCAACGGAGAGCUGAAGGCCUGGAUGCAAAGAUAUGUCUCCAUCAUUCGAGAUUGCUUUCCGAAGCCAGAACACGAUAACUGGCAGGUCUGCCAGUACCUAUUCCCGCAUGCUCAGCAGGCCGCCAGCUACCGGCCAGAGGAUAGAGUCUUGCUUCUGACGUGGGCACCCCUUAUCCAAAUGAUAUCACGAUUUGCAUACGUGAUAGGGGACUAUAGCUCAGCAGAGGAUAUGGGUCGCACGGCACUGGCAGCACUGGAAGAGGUUCAAGGUCCUCAUUGUGAAGAUACCCUUCGCAGUUACCACCAACUCGGUCUAGCGAUCAGCGUUCUCAAUCGACAUAACGAAUCGGAGAAGAUGUUUCGAAGGGCAUACGAAGGCAGACUGACUUUGCUAGGCCCCGACCACAUGGAUACACUAGACAGUGCAAAUCAGCUGGGAGCACGAUUGAAUAAGCAGAGAAAGUACGAAGAAGGCGAGGCCAUACACAUGCGCACGAUUGAGGGAUACGAAAGAGUUUAUGGACCUCGCAGUAUCGAGACGCAGUCGCUCAUGGCCGGACUUGCGCUCACAUAUAUGAACAACAAGCGUUUCGAGCAGGCUACAGCGAUCCAUCGACGAGUGCACGCUAUACAGAAAGAAGCUUAUGGCGAAGAGACCAAUGAUACGUACCAGGGCUUACGUGCUUUGGGCGCCUUGCUCAACAUGCAAGGCAAAGCUGCGGAAGCCGAGAACAUACAUCGUCAGGUUGUGGAGUACAGGACGAGAAUAUCUGGACUGGACCACUCGGAGACAAUUAAGAGUGUGAACUUUCUAUGCGAAUCGCUCAUCAAGCAACGCAUGCUGGACGAGGCAGUGGCGCAAUAUCGUAGCGUCAUCGACAUAUAUACCGACCUCGAUGAGAAGGCGCGACAAGAAGCCUUGCUGACAAUGAAUAGUCUCGCUGAGACGCUUGUCCAACAAGGCCAUCUCGAUAAAGCGGAAGCUGUCUGCCGUCGCCUCGUUAUGGAGAGUGAAAGACUGCUGGGAGCUGAUGACUGUGAUACCUUGGUUGGUGUUCAUACCCUCGCAGACACCCUUUCCAAGCAAGAGCGAUAUGAAGAGGCUCUACAAUUAUAUGAGCGGGCUUACAUUGGUACCGAGAAGCGUUGUGGCGCAGAUCAUCCUGACACGAAAGAGUUUUUGGAGGAUUUCAGUCGUACGAAGAGGACCAUGUUAGUGUAG